AUGUACAUUGCCAAAUACGUCCGGCGGGGGGCCGAGAUCGGGCACGCCCGCGGCGAGCUCGGUCGCGUCGGGCCUUUCCCCAUCCACAUCGAUGCGAAGGAAGGCACAUGGCGGUUUCUCGCCCCCGAGAGACGGCUCUUGUGCACGGAAAUGGCCUUUCACAUCCUUGUCACCGCACUCAAGUACUUUGUCGCGCUUCUCAACUUGUCGUUCAACGUCAACUUUGUGGCCAACAUCGUCGCGUCGUCGAGUUGGUUUGGCUACUCCAAGGACGUUCUGAAUGGGAUGAAGGCCGACUGCACGGCCGCGUUAGCGUCCGUCCUCUCGUUCGUCUCGGUCGUCAUUGGCUGGUUCGACUACGUCUGUUCUUACGUUCUCAACUACAUCAUGGUCGAGCUCGAUUUCUUUGACCAGUUUACCGGCUGCGGGCAAGGCUACGGCCUCUUGCUCAUUUGGGUGGUCAUGUGGCUCACGACGCUCUUCCUCUAUAUUGUGAUCCAAGAAGAUGUGCUCGUCAAGGUCCAAAAGCUCAGCUACUAUCUCCCGUUCAGCUUUGGCCGGGCGGCCGAAGAUCGACUCGAACAAGUCGGGGCGCUCCUCGUGAUCUUCGUCUUGAUUGCCAUCAAAGUCCUCGUGCUGUUCAUUGCAAAGCAGUGGGACGCGUACUCGGAGCAAGUGUCGUCGGGGACACUUUUCAGCCUCACGCGCUACAGCGCAAGUGGCGUCGAGUGCCCGGCCAUGGGACUCAAUUAUGGCUUCCAGGUCGUCUCGGCGGUGCUUCUGGGGGGCUUUUUCUACUGUCUUUUGCCCCUCCUUGUGCUCGACAUUUACAGCUGGAAGCCGCCCACCGACUUGGCCAAGGACGCGGACCGGCUCGCGUUGUCGCACCGCGGCGGUCCCAACGAGAUUCGAGCAGCUGUCGCCAACAACGUCAACUUGGUCGAACCGCCAACGUGGUGGCCAUGGCGGUGUUUCUGCCACCCGUACCAAUUGUUUUGGUUUGCGGGGCGGGGGAAGCGGUUUUUUCGGGACUAUCGGCGCCAUGACUUUUACAAGCUCACGCUCAAGUACGGCUUUGUCGGCAUUUGGUUUGUCAUUUUGUACAUUUACUCGGUGCUCAUGCUCCAAGCCGUGUUGCGCGCGCUCGGUGUCAUCUUUGGGUGGCGCGGCCGAGCCGACUACAUGUACGACAAGCCGCAUUUACGGCCGUACCGGUCGUCGCGCCUCGACUGGAUCUGCUGCCGCUUCAAUUUGUACUGGCGCCACUCGUGGGCGGUUGAAAAGUUUUUCAAGCCCAUGCGCAAUUGCCUCUGGGUGACGUUCGGCGCGUGGACGAAGGGCGAGUGGACCACGUACGACAUUGAGGAGCGGGCCAAGAACUGUUUCCCGAUGGAGCCCAACAACGAAAUCAAGCAGCUUCAAAUGAUGUCGCUCCACGGCAAGAUUAACAGUUUGAUUUGGCUGCCUUUUCCCAUCGUGGGCUUUCUGGCCUACGUCUCGGACAUUCUCAACCGAGGACCGAUCCUGAGCUACUUUUUCAACCGCAUGUUCCUCCAAGUCGACAAGCCUGCCAACGAACGGGACCCGAACGUGCGCUGGAAGUUCCAUCGGUGGAUGCCGGAAUGCGUCUCGCGGAAGGAUCACGCCGACGGCAAGAAGAUGACGACGGUGUGCCUGCCUGACACGUGCUUUUACACGACGUUGGCCAAGUUUGGAAGCUCAGUCCUGGAGCUGGCGAUGGUCAUUGCGCUCAUCUUCGAGCCGCUCCAGAACCCCAAUGCCGCAGGCGACAGCGCCUCGAUGCAGUGGAAGGCGAUUGUGGCUCUCGUCGCUGCGACGAUCGCGCCACUUAUCGAAUUCUACCAGCAAGGUCUCAAGUCCUACAAAAAGUACCUCGAGCUGCGCGACACGGCGCAGAGUGCUCUUACGUCGGGCGGGAAAUCGCUGGCGCUGCAAGCCGAAGCCGAAGCCCAAACCCUCUUGGGCACCAAGGACGACGACGGCAACAGCAGUGACGAGGCGGAGAGCGACGACGAGAACGACGACGACGACGACGGCAGCAAGGAUCUCAUCGUGCUCGCCGCGUCGCCCGAAACAAGCUUUGUCAUCCAGAGCGACCAGCUCGACGAAGGCGAAGGCGUCAUCACCGUCAACUGGCGCGUGAAUGCGUCCCGGCGCUUCCACGCGUUUGAUGCGAUCGGUAUGUUCCCAAAACGAACGCUUGCCGACGCGCUCACAAAGCGUACGAUGGACGAGUGUCUCUGCUACCGGCGCGUCUCGGAUCUCCGCGUCGAGCCGUUUGGGUGGCGCCCCACCACGAACGCCCAUGGCAACGAACUCUCGAGUGGCGUGCACGCGACCAAGAUGCUCCAGCACGCGCUCUUUCUCGAUAGAGUCACGCAACUCGAGAUAAGCAAGCUCUCGAGCAAUUCGAUGCGCCUGCGCAAGGCGUCACGCGUACCCGCGCCCGACUCGGCGGAUGCAAUGGACGCCGAGUUGGACGCAGCGCCGGAAGCCGUCAACCUCCACGGCGCCACAAUUGCACCGUAUGGCAAGCAAAUGUCGGAAAUCUUCCUCGACGAGAUGCGCGAGAAUCGAGCCGCGUUCCGUGCACAGCUCGUCAGUGACGCCUACGGUAGCAAGGCUGGUAGCUCCAAGAACGCGCGCGACACGCGGCGCGUGAGCGGCAAGGUCAAGUUUCGGCCGGCCAACAGCAACGAGCACGAAGACCACCCACAGCACGAAGAUUAUGUCUUUGGCAACAGUGCCGGCAUCUUCCCGUGCAAGUACGGCCUUGAACGCUACGAGUUCUUCUACCUCAAGUACACGGGGCACCACACUUCGCACACAACGACGACGCCCUUGUACGAAGUG